AUGGAGAAGAUGAGUCUUUCUUCUGGCAUGGUGGGAUCAAGUGUUAGUGCUUCAAUAGGGGGAAGAAAACUGACAAGGACCGCCGGUCGUAGGUGCAAAUGUGGGAGACAAAGUAUUGUGUAUACCUCCAAAACUGAGAGAAACCCAAACAGGGCUUUCCUUGGGUGCCCUAAUUUCAAGAAGAAGCCAUUUUGUGAUUUUUUUAGAUGGAUAGAUGACAUCUGUAAUGAAGGGAUGAAGCUGGAAGAUGCAAGAAUUCACACUGUGGAGUUGGAUGUUGCUGAAAUUAAUUUCAAGUUGAAGUAUGUGGACAUGAUGAUGAGAGAGCAAGAUGUGAAGAUUAGUGAGCAGGAAAUGAAGGUUCAUGAGCAGGAAAAAAAGAUGAAUGAUGUAUACCUGAAGAUGGUGGAGGAGUUAGAUAGGAUGGACAAACAAAUUAUGAAUGUUGGUAGGGUUGCUAGGAUCUUAGGUGCUACUUGUGAACACAUAAUAUUGCAACAAUGGAAUGCACAUAUUGCAGCAAAAUCUAGCCAACACCAACCAUAA